AUGGAACCGAACGGCAAGAACGCCGGAGCAGUGCCACUGACACCAUCGAAGUCGAAGCAUUCCAACAAGUCAAAGCUACCAAAGAAUAUAAACCCUAACGUUACUAGCCCUAAUCUGAAAGCCUUGAAUUCCCCAUUACUCAAAUCAGCGACUAAAGUCCAUAAAUCGGCGAUGAAGAAACCUAAUCAUAUCUCUUCGCCUUCUCCCAAGAACAAGAUUCGGGAGAGUAGGUUUGUGGUGGCGAAGAAGAAUUCGAAGAGAGACAACGAUAAAACCCCGAUUUCAAUCGAUUGUAAGUGUAAGGCUAGUGGUAAUUCAGAAAAAUGUUUGUGUGUUGCUUAUGAUACUCUUAAGGCUUCUCAGGAAGGGUUUUUCAAUCGGAGUGAAGUUUCUGUUCAAGAAGAAAACCCUAGUUUACCUGUAGGUCUUCAAGGAAAAUCCGAAGAAGAUGACGUUUUUGAGAUGUCCGGUGAUAAGAUGAGAAAGGAGAAAUUGUUGGAUGAAGCAAGAAAGACAAUUCCUAAACCUGGAUCUGGAAGAGUUUUGCAUUUGGUCAAGGCCUUCGAGAAUAUUCUCACAUUACCAAAUUCAAAUGAGGAUGAACUCGGAGAUCAGACAAACAACAAUCUUGAAAGACGAUUCUUUUUUACUUCAUUCAACCCAUCUGAUCUCUUACUUACUACAGAAAAUCUAUGGCUGUGUUCAUCACUUGAUGGCAGCCAUGGGAGGUUGGUUGAUCAUCAUCUAAAAACUCUGCUGUGA